GUCAACAAUAUACAUGUCCGUAUUAUUUUGCAUGGCAACCAAGCAAGAGACAGGUGCUGGUUAGCCUUUCACUGAUGUUUAAUUGUUCUUUCUGGACGUAAAACAAAAAAAAAAACAUGGCAUCAGUGAUGCCUGGCCUUCUUCCUGAUUCCUCAGGGGUCCAGUUUACAGCACGCCCUGCCCUCAGAACCAGGGACUGCUCCCGCAACACAAACAGGAAUGGGCGUUCAUCCUCGAUUGGUUCUGCGUCAGACAGUGGUAUUCUCUCACCUAAUGCUAGUCUAUCUAGUAUAGAGAUUGAGGCCCUGCUACGGGAGAAGGUGAGGGCCAAGUCUGACAGCAUCAUUCAGGCAUUUAAAACCUAUGAUGUUGAUCAGACAUCCAGUGUAACAAAAGGCGAGUUUAGGCGGGUUCUUGAAGCCUUCUGUAGCCCAUUAACCACAGACCAAUUUGAAGCAGUCCUUGCCAAGGUGAGCAAAAACCCAAAUGGGACAGUGCGGUAUGCAGAUUUCCUGGACAAGUUUCACUCGAGUGGAGGUAAUUCUCCAGGGGGUCGCCGACAGGUUGACAGAAUUACAAAUGGAGUGCCAAAAUUCCCAACUCCGCCAACUCCUAAAGAAAUCAAUGUUGACAUGAUAGAAAAACUGCUUAAAGAAAAGAUUGAGGGUAACCUAAAGUCUGUGGUGAAGGGUUUACAGUUGUUUGACUAUAAUCGUGAUGGUCGCAUACAGAGGCAUGAGAUGAGAAGGGUUAUAGAAAACUACUGUUUCAAACUGUCGGAUUCGCAGUAUGACAAAUUGUGGCAGAGGUAUGACUUCCACCAUACAGGAAUGGUUAACUACAAAGAUUUCCUCAGUCGCCUAGGGGUCAGUGUGCUGGCCAGAAGUAAACCACCACAGGAAGGGGCCAUGGGAGCACUGAACUGGCAACAGAACACACCAAAUCCUCAUUUGAGAAACUUUAAACAAAGACAAGAAGAUGAACAGAUGUUGCAAGCUAUGAGCUUUAGAGAAAUAGAGAUAGAAUUUAGGAAAAGGAUGCGAGACAACUAUGUGAAUCUGAAGAAAGCGUUCAUGGUAUUUGAUACACAUUUAGAUGGAUUUGUCUCGGUGGAUGACUUACAGUCAAUACUGACACAGUUCACUAUACCGAUGUCAAAACAACUCUUCGCACAGAUGAUGGAAAAGUGUGGAGUAAGGGCCACGGGAAGGAUUGGCUGGGAAGAUUUUCUAGAGAAGUUUCAAGAACCUAUGAUGACAGGGAACGGACAAACACUGCCAAUAAGACCAAACCACAAAUUUUUCCCAGUGAAGGAAGGCAUACAGACAGUUGAGGUUGAUGAGAUAUGGAAACUGCUGUAUAAGCAUGUACAAAGCAAUUAUGGUUCAUUUAAACAAGCCUUCCUGCAGUUUGAUGUGAAUCGUAAAGGUAGAGUGUCCCGGAUGGAACUUCGAAAUAUUCUUGAGAAAUUUCACAUACGUCUACAGGACGAUCAGUUUAAACAGCUUAUGGAGAAGAUUGACCCCUUCCAUACAAACAAUAUAUCAUACCAAAAAUUCCUUGAAUUGUUCGAAGAGAAAGAUUCAUGGGAGGGUCAUAAGUGGUUAAACUCUGUCCAUCGAGUAAAUGAACACAACAAACCAGCCAUUCUUGCUUGGGAAACGGUAGAAGAUAUAUUAAAGGAGAAGAUCACCGAGUACUGGCGCAAUGUUUCAGCGGCAUUGUUGGACUAUGACUACAAGGGAAAUGGCCAUAUCAGUCACAAAAACCUUAGAAAAGUAAUAGAUAAUUAUGUCCUACCAGUGUCAGAUGAACACUUCCAAAGUAUGUUGUGUCGUUGCGAGGACCGUACAGAUAGCCAGGUGAACUACGUUGAAUUUUUAGAGAAAUUAAAAGUGGACGUUAAACCAAGUGAUCUUAAUGGUCUAAGUACACAGAUAUUUAAUGGUAGUAUAGAGCGGGAAUUCAAACGUCAAGAAGACUUACACUACAGAAAUUCUAAAAUAUCCGGAGUAGCACAUGGAAGAACUAAUGAAAUGUCAGCGGAUGAGGUUGUAGCGCGUCUCAAGGACAGAAUGGCUCAACACAAUCAAGAUUUUAGACAAGCAUUCCUUGCCUACGACCGCAGAGGAAAGGGUUCAGUUUCGAAGAAAGAUUUUAGACAGGUUCUGAUGUCAUUUGGACUGGCAAUGUCUGAUGAACAGUUCAACAUUCUGGUAUCAAAACUUAAUUUCAAUGAAUCUGGUCAGAUGCAGUAUUCAGAUUUUAUUUCUAAUUUUAAUGACCCACGACACGGUGGUCCUGGUGAGGAAAUAAUCAGAUCAGGAAAUCAUCGAGUGAAUCCGAUCAGGGGAGAUCAAUUUGGCAUGAGUAUAGAAGAAGUGGAGAGAAAACUAGCAAGCAAAUUAAGAGAAAACUUUGCAAAUUUGCGAAGUGCUUUCUAUAAGUUUGACGAUAAUCAUAAAGGAGCUUUAACAAAGGACAGCAUGCGUCGCCUCCUGGACUCAUUUAUGUGUUUUCUAACUGAUGAACAAUUUGACGCAUUUUGCAAUAAACAUGGAAUUACAAAAAGUUCCAAAAUAACUUACCCUGAAUUCUUGGACAGAUUUGAAGUGCGGGACACUGUUGAGGGACAUAAAUGGCUUAAAUCAGUGCAUAGAUUUAAUGAAACACAACCGACACCAGAAAUGACUGCGGGAGAUGCGUUUGAUAUAAUAAAGAGAAAAGCUCAUCAACAGUUCAAAGAUUUGUCUCAGGCUUUCAUCAAAAUAGGUACAAACAAAUCUAGUGGUGUACUGAAGCGCAGAGAUUUACGACAGUUGUUGUUAAUGUUUGUCAUGCCAGUACCUGACACAGAGUUCCAGAAAUUGUGGCUUAUGUUUGAUCCAGAAAAUGUAGGGUAUAUUACCCAUGAUGCAUUCCUGCAGAAGAUAGGUGCGUCUGAGUUUACACCAGGGGACUUGUUUGGAAUGAGUUCUAAGAUAAUUGACCACAGCCGACAGUUCCUCGAGGAUCACAAUGAAGAGCAGCAACAGAAGCAUGAAAGAAUUACACAGUUACAGGCUAACCGUACUGGCUUUAUGACUGUUGAAGAUGUAGAACAAGCACUAAAGGACAAGAUCCGUGAUAACUAUGAUGAUUUUAACAAAGCCUUCAGGAAGUAUGAUACAGAAAAACGAGGUUCACUCUCUAUUAGUGAAGUACAGAAAGUUCUCAUUGACUUCAAUCUAUUCUUGGAUGAUGACCAGUUCUUUACACUCCUUGACAGGUGUGGUCUCACUACGCGCAAAAGUAGACUGAACUAUGAACAAUUCCUGGCAGCUUUUGAGGAGGGUCGUAAAUCAAGUUAUGGUCAACGAAAGGGAGAUGUUCAAAUAGAGGAACAGCCAAAUUUAACUAACCAGGAGGCGGAGCACAGAUUGCGAGAACUUGUAGCAUCACAAGUGGAAGUUUUAGAAAGGGAACAUUCCUCCACAGAUUUAGGGCGUACUUCAUUAGUGCGACAUACAAUUGAGGUGGCAGAAAAUGUUCGACCUGUAAAAAUACCACCUAGACGGGUGCCAAAAGCGUUCGAAGGCCAAGAAGAAAAAAUUAUUCAACAACAACUUGAAAUGGGAAUAAUUGAAGAAAGUAGAGCCCAUGGUCUGCACCUUUAUGCUUUUGGAAAUAGCUUCAACUAUGGUGACAAUAACGAGGAGGUGUUGAACAAGGACGUAAAUGCUAUACUGGAUGAACAUGUUGCAUUAUCCGAGGAUGCAGCGCAAACAUCUAACUUAGGUUGUCUCAAACAGUUUAACACAGUUAAUUGUUCACCUGUCAAAAUGGCCAAAUUACAGAGAGCAGACCCAGAUUUAGGAAUUGUGAUACAGUGGCUUGAAGAAAACAGACGACCCCUGAGAGAUAAGACUGUAUCUGAGAAUAUACAAAGAAAUAAAGCUUGUGGGAUAUAUUUCCUGUUUCUUAUAAAGUCUUUAAAGAUGUUCUUUUCUUUAUUAAAAGCUUUUCUUUUUCAAAUUCAGAUCUUUUGUUUGUUUAAACAGCAUAAUGUCUUUAGCGCAUAUGGUAACUUAAACAUUACCUGCUUACAGGACUCUGAGAGAUGGUUAGCCUCCUUACAGAAGUCAAUACGUUCACAGACCCCACAUCUGAUGGCUAUAGAUGAAGUAGAGGAGAAACUACGGGAAGCUGUCAUGGCUAAUCCAUACAACCUCACACAGGCUUUCCAGGAAGCAGACUUUGCCAACAUGGGGGUCGUCUCAAAAGAUGAUUUUAAAUCUGUUCUCAAUAAACAGCUUUUCCGACUGUCAGAUGAACAGUAUGAGAAACUGUGGCCAUCACUGUCAAUAAAUGAGUUUGGGAAUAUAAAUUACCGUGAAUUUGUGAAGCGAUUCUCGAGUGAGAUGAAACCUUCAUGUUUACCUCCCCCUACCCCAUUACAGAGAUCUAAUACAGUUCUCAAUACCAGCAGGAGACCAGAUAGUAUGGCUCUUAGAAGAUCAAAUACCAGGUUUGACAUGAUUCGUCCCGGUGCAAUGUCAAGGUCACAGAGCAGAAUGGCCACGCCCCUUGUCAAUGCAGAGGUGGCAGAGAAUGUUGUUAAAAACACAAUAUACAGAAACUGGAAACAAAUACAACAGAUGUGUCGACAGAAAGAUGUAGACAACUGCGGAACCAUCAAUGUUGUUGACCUCAAAGAAAUACUGGUUCGCUAUGGAGUAGAUCUGAGUAGCCAAGAAUUCUUAGACCUGUUAACAAAAUAUGACUUGAAAGAAAAUGGCCAAUUUUGCUAUUCCGAUUUUCUACGCCAUUUUAUCUUGAACCUUAAACCCCAGGAUGAGCCACGGUCACUUCUAGCAAGGAGAAAAAUAGCUACACCAAAAGUUGCGAGGAGCGCUGGUUCAACUAACACACAGUUUUUCAGUGCCAUGAUGCGGAUUCAAGACACAGUCUCCUCAAACUGGAAAGAAAUGCGGCGUCAGUUCCGGGCGUUGGACCCUUUAGGAAGUGGUAUGGUAGACUCAGUAGAUUUCAGAUACGUUCUACGUCUGUUCAGUGUGAACCUGGACGAGGACGAGUUCUAUCAUGUGAUGUCCUACUACGAUAAACACAUGGAUGGCAAAAUCAGUUACAAUGACUUCAUCAGGGCUUACCUGCAUAGUUCAUGAAGGGAUUAAAGAAUGUAUUAUCAGGAUUUUAACAUGGAUAGUGUACAUGUUAUACUCAGUAUUUAAUACUUUUUAUGCGAGAUUUUACUGAUUCAAGUGCUUUCUACAAUCUUUUCAGUAUUAGUAUUUAAGACAGAGUAAGAAAUAUUCAGGUUAUAUAUUUUGUACCAUACCAUACAGGCUAAAUUAUGUUUCACAUAAUGAGUUUUAACUAAAUUAUAUUAAAUCAUCUUUUGAAAAUUCAAUAAAAAUAGUAAAAAUGAUUUGUUGUAUUUUUACAAAUUGUGUAUACUAUAGUUUUAUUGCAAUUCUGUGAUGCAAUGAAUCUGUGAUAGCAGGACUAUGAUAAAACUGUGAUUUUUUAUGUUACAUUGUUGUAUUCGUUGUAGCAUAUCUAGAGUAAAAACUGUUCAUUCUGGUAUAUUAACUUAGUUUGUAAAACUGUCAUAAUUUUAAAGAGAACUUUUUAUAUCUAUAGGUUUUUUUUAAAGUUUCAUUCACCAGAGAUAUAUUCCCCAAGAUUUCCUCUAGGAUUUCGGUUAGAAGGAAAAGAAAACUGUAUGUGUACAGAGAGGACAUCAUUUAUUAUGUUAGUACUGAAUAAGUUAAUACAGCAGUAUGAGACCUAUACUGAAUGACUGCCAGUUCCAUUAUUUUGUGUUUCAUUCAUAUUAUGUUAUGGUUUGUCUUACAGGUAUGCCAAAGUUUUAAGCCAAAAAAUAUCAUGUAGAGCCAAAAAAAUUUCAGCAAGUGCUAUGAUGAAAAUUGAUACAUUCUGAUACCAAGUUAGAUCUAGUACACUGUUGUUUACAGUUGUUAGAAAUUUACAUAUUGAUACAAAAAUAUGUCAAUAAUAGUAGGUGUAGUUGUAAAUGAGUCAGCCACUCAACCUGGGUGUUUAGGUCACAACUACACCUCACAUGACACCAGUACUGGAUUUUCCAGAAAGCAGACUAGAGAGUGGUUCAUAUAAGCUUGACCAAGCUAAAGUAGGCCAAAAUGUUUUUUCCUCACCAUAAACACAUUUCGCAAAAUAAAUACAAACCUGAAAAUGUGAAUUAUAAUGCUCUUUUUAAUAUUUCACAAACUAGAUACAUUAUGUUAUAUUUGGGUAAAGAUUGUUUAUUUUGCUUUUGAAUAAUGUAUAGAGGGUAAUAUCUUUCCCAAUUAUUCAAUACAAACAUUGCUGUAGAUUUUCUACGUAUUCUAUGAAUUUUGAAAAUAUUUACUCUUUAUUAUUUCUUUAUAAGAAUAUCAUUACUUUUGUUUUGUAUGAAAUAAAGUUUUUGUGUGACCAUUUAUUAUUAAUCAAAUUAUAUCAGCACAUUGCCUGUGAUUUUGUUCAACAUUGAUUUGUGUUAAGUAAUCUGUGUUGUUACCUGUCCCCUGUUGUUUGUAUGCCCUAUAUAUGUUUGUGCAUUUUCAUUUUUGUUAAUGUUUCUGUUCAUUGUUUGAAGCUUUUUAGCUUGUAAUUCUGUGAUAAAAUCUUGCUGCUGAUUUGUACAUCUGGUAAAGAAUAGUUGUUUUUUUAAAUAUCAUGCAUGCUUUGCACAAAAUUAUUUCUGUUGGUGUUGUGUUACAAUGUUUAAACUUUAAUUGAUUUAAUUUCCUUCCCUUACUGCACAUUAUGCUUCAAUAUUUAAUAGCAUCUAUUUCAGCAUUGAAUUUCUUACAGUGAGAAAUAAUAAGUUGAGUCAGCACACACUGUUAAGAGUUCAAAGUACAUUUGUAACAACAAACAGAAUAUUUUAUAUCUGUCUAAAAGAUGCGAACAAAGUAAGGCAAACAAAAGUAUUACCCACUUGAAGAUGUAUGUUAAUUACAGACCGGGUUCACUACAUAUUUCGGGUGAAUCAGGUGGCCAAGUCUCUAUAUUUAGAUUAACCGUAACUUGUAAAAGCUAACCAUUAUCUUCUAAAGGGUAACAAGUUUGUUUACAUUUAUCAUACAGCUGUCUGUGGACUGUGUCAGUAUGUAAUUCUUUUACCUGAAGUGAAAUAAGAAUAAAUUAUGAAGGCAGGAAUGAAGACUGGUUUAGUAUAAAUUGUAUGUACUUUUUUAAACUGUGAACUGCUGCUUACAACAAUCAUGCUUGAGAAGGUAGUUAUGCUUUUGUGUUAUAAUUUUAUUAAUCAUGCAAUCAUUAUAUAAUUGUGUGUAUUAUAUUUAAUUAAUAUUUAAUUUUCACUUGUUUUAUCAUUGAACUUCAGUUAGGAUAUCCAGUUUUGAAAGUAUUCUAUUAUAGUUUUAUACAAUAAAUAAAUUUCUGCUAUA